AUGGAGUUUGAGACGGAAAAGUGUUGCGAUAUCAUGCUCAUUGACGGUAUUGCUCCUGCUCCUUACAAUUUGUAUAAUUAUCAAGGUUUUAUGCAGCCAAUGUUCCAAUUUGCUAACAGCAGCACAGUCACGUUCAAUUUCACCUCCGAUGGACUUGUUGGUGGAUCGGGCUUUAGUGGAUCCGUCUAUAAUAUUGGUGAGCUUUUUUGUUUGCCACUCAUACAAGUUCCUACCGAUUAG